CAGUUUCGAUCGAACAAGAUAAGUUUGUGUUCUCGAGUUGACGGUUGUGUAAAUGGCAUCGCUGGACGACACGCGUUAGGGUAUGCCGCGAUGCGGCACCAAGGAUACUAUCCCAUGUACAUUGGCUGAUGGUGCUCGGGAGCGUUCAGAUCCUCUGCGGGACUCGCUGGCAAAUUCUCAUUAGUCUUUUUGUGCGCGAGACGAAGACGAGGUGAUGCUGGCUAUCGCGCAACCCUGAGAUUUCGUCUGAUUGACGAGUUGAGAGAGGAAAUCUCUAAAGUAUAAAUGCUGAGGGAGAGCAGCCGGUUGUAUCAUCACAAACGCAGUCAACCACCGCUAACAUGCGUCGCUCUUUCGUUGUUGCCGCUUUUGCUCUCGUACACGGUGCUGCUGCCCAGCAGAUCCAGGACGUCUGGCAAACAACCUGGGACAAGGCCUCCUUGCUCGCUUCCACGCCCCCUGCCAGCGCUAUCGCGUUCGGUACCCCUGGAACAGCCGCGGCUGCCGACAUCCAGAUCGACGACACCCAGGUCUACCAGACCAUCCAGGGCUUCGGCGCGACACUGACGGACUCUUCGGCUAAGCUGCUGGACGGCUUGAAGACUGCCAACUCCGAUGAAUACUGGAAGCUCAUGGACUAUAUGUUCAACAUCACCGAUGGUGCCAACUCCGCUUCGCUGUCCUACGUCCGAGUUCCUCUCGGUGCUUCGGACUUCUCUACCUCGGUCUAUAGCUUCGACGAUACAGCCGGCGACACGGGCUUGACUAGUUUUAACAUCGAUGCCUCGCCAUCUUACCUUUUCUCGACACUCACCGAUAUUCUGUCGGUAAAUAGCGCUGUGAGGUUCCAUUUAGUGCCGUGGUCUCCGCCUGCUUGGAUGAAAACCCCCGCAAACGCCGAUGGUGGUUCCUUGAACGAUGCGGAUGUCAACUCCUAUGCACAGUACAUUGUCGAUGCUUUGACGGGAUUCCAGGGCAAGAACAUCCCUGUCUUUGCUGUCGGCAUCCAGAACGAGCCAGAGAACUCAGAUACCACGUACCCGAGCACGAGCAUGCCUGUCGCCACCGAGGCUGCUGUCGGCGAGGCGCUCAGGCCGCUGAUGAACAGUGCAGGAUUCACUGAUGUGAAGCUCAUUGGGUACGAACACAACUGGGACCAUGCUAGUGCAUACCCUGUUCAGCUUAUGCAAGCUGCGGAGAGCUCGUUCGACGGCGUCUCGUUCCAUUGCUACGAAGGCACAUAUGAGGAGCAGGCCAACUUCACUUCUCAGUAUCCCGACAAGGAAGUCUACUUCACCGAGUGCACGGGCACGCUCGGCUCGGACUGGUGGACCGACAUCAAGUGGAACUUGGAUAACAUCAUGAUCGGCGCGAUCGAGUACGGCGCCUCGUCCGGCCUCAUGUGGAACCUCGCACUCGACGGCAGCGGUCAACCCAUCCUCCCCGGCUCCGACAGCUGCACGGGCGGCUGCCGUGGAGUCGUCACGAUCAACAGCGACGGAACGUGGUCAGCCAACCAAGAGCUCUACUCGCUGGGUCAGGCCGCCAAGGCUAUCAUCCCCAAGGAUCCUAACGGCCCUUGGGGCCAGCGUAUCGGUGUCACCGUUGCUGGGAGCAACUCCUGGGCGCUCCGUGUCGGUGCCUACAAGACCGGCCGAGCGUCAUCAUCUGAUCCCUCUCGCUGGGCUCUCGUCGUACUGAACUGGGACGACAGCUCAUCGACCACGUUCAACCCCGUCGCUGUCGAUGCUACCAUCGAGUUCCAGGGCAAACAGGCGGCAUACACCUUCCCUGUUGGCGUCACCACUCUCUGGUGGUUCGCAUAA